CAUUAAGUUUUUGUUUGAAAAUUGUACGCAUAUUUUUUCUAACAAAAUUUUUCCUCAAUGCCAUCAAAAAAAUCUAAAAUUAAAAAAGAAAAUGUUACUACACAAAAGCUGUGUAAAUUCUUAACAUGGGAGGAAGUGGAGGCUCUCAAGCAUAAGUAUGCAAAUCAUAUAGAAAAUUUAAAACUCUGUAUAAAUUACGUAAAAGAAUCCUCUGCCUUAGUCGAGCAAAUUAAUGUCCAACAAUUGAUCUCCAAAAAAUGGCAAGAUUAUGUGACUUGUUGUCCUUUGCCCAAAGCCUAUGUACCUCCUGAUAUACGUUCAUGUAUGGAAAAAUUAAAAUAUUUUGAAAAUGUCUCGCAGGAAAAAACUAUAGAUGGGCUAUUGUCUGUUGAUGAACGUUGUAUUUUGACACAAAAUCUCUUACAUAUAAAUUUAACACAUUCUGUCUUAAAAGAAAAAAAUCAAAUGAAUUUUGCAAGGGAAUACAAUAGUAAUAUAGAAAUUUGUCUACAAAUAUUGAAAAACAUUGAUAAUUUUUUGGAUAAUCAAACUGAAGUAGCAAAAUGUGGUAUGAAAAAAUUAGAAGAUAUAAGAGAGUUAAAAAGUAAUUUACAACAAGAAAUUGCUGAGUUUUUAAAUCGUUUUACCUAUCGGAUACUAUGCUCAGAAGAAGCCUAUAUGAGCUCUAUAGACCCUAUUACAUCAGAAUAUAUUUAUAAAGCUGAUAACUUCCAAAUGCAUAUUUGGUCAUUGAAGAAUGUGCCUAUAAGAUUUAAACAGCUAGAAGAACCUCGUUUAGUAGCCAAAUUACAUGGAGUAAAACUAACACUUCAUAUACCUACAUUCAUAAUGCAAGAAAAUUUCACCAUACGGGCAUUACAUUUAAAUUUUGAUGUAAUAAGUGAAAAUGUUAAUAGUUUAUAUACUGAUAAUGCCGUUAUUGAGGAUUUAAGUGAUUGUAUAGCUACUGAAUGGCUUAUGCAAUUAGAGAUUCAAAAUCGAGUCCGAAAUGAUUUAUUAGAAAAGCGCCGACAUUAUGAAGAAAAACUAAGGCUUUUUGAAGAACAAGAAGAGAAAAAGAAUAAAACUAAAAAUAAAGAUCCUGCGAAAAAAGAAGGUUCUAAAAGUAAAAAAACAAAGUUAAUAAAACCUUCUUAUGAACCUCAAAGUAUAGAAGAGGAUAUGUUUCCUGAUAUAAGAGAAGAAUUUUUACUAGAAGAACAAAACCACUACGAAGAUUUUAUUAAUAGCUUAUACAAUCCCAAGUCCUUAGGUUUAAAUACUAAUGAGAUUAAUUUAAGAAAAUAUUUUAUUUUGGGUGGUAUAUAUCAACUUUAUCGAGUAUAUAAACCUAAGCAUAAUGAUUUCAAUAGUUUCAAUAUGACUUGGCAUUAUAAUGAUUCAAAACUAAAAAUUGAUGAAAAUGUUUAUAUAUCUUUAAACUCAAAACCAUACCAAAGAUCUUCCAAAGUUUUUAAAAGUUCAGCAGGAAGAAAUCUCUCUUUGAAAAUAGAGGAAUUUAAUGACUCUGAUCCACAAUGUCCUUGGUUUAUUUUAAGCAUACAAUUGCCGGAACAGCUUUGUUAUUGGGGCGAACCUAUAGUCUGUCAAUAUGAAACCAUCACAAGAACCAAACUCAGUGCUUACAUACCAAAAGUAAAAAAUAAUUCUUCUAUCAUACAAAGGCCAACAAAUCAGACUUUGGAUUUGGAUGGUAGUGCCAUAGACAAAUAUUUACCCUUUUUUACACCCCAAAAAGAAGGCUUAACCAAUUCUAUAUUGAAAUUAAGACAACUUUCACAGGAAAGCUUUUUUAGAACAUCGCUUUCAAAUGUGCGCUUAACUGGUAUAGAUAGCUGUAGUCAAAAUUAUGCUCGUGAUGAGAACGGCAUUUUAAAUAUUGAAGAUUUUCCCAUUAACACUCUUCUUAGUAAAGCUCAAAUAAGGCAUAUACAACGACACGUAAUACCAAGAAUUAUAUCAUCAUUUAAAUUUCCCAAAGAAAUACAAGAAGAUGAAUUGAAAGCCAUUCAGCAGAAAUUUAAAUCAAAAUCAGGACUUUUAAAGCGAAAACAUACUGACUCAAACACCGAAACUAGCAAAGAAAAUAAUCAUACAUUUAUAUAUGGCAAAAUGCAAAACAACCCCGAGAGAAUAAUUGCUCACUAUCCACCAGUAGAACCCAUACGCAUACUACAACAUGAUAUUAAUGCAGAAAAAGAAAUUGCUGAUAUGCUUAAAAAACCUAUAUCCUUUGCCCACUUGGUGAAACUAAUUAAUUUUAUUAAAUGGCAGUAUAAAAUUAGAGUUCGUAAAAUUAUAGAUCUUAAACCUUUCAAAUCUAAGUUUUCCAUCGUCAACAAACGUCAUAAAGAUAUGAGAAAUCGAAAAUUAAAAAACAUAGUUUCUGUGACAUCAUUACAUUCUGCUCAUGCAACUAAUUUACAAAAGAAAACGAUCAUUUCUAAACACAAUUUAGUUCAACCUUCCAAAACUAAUAUUACAAAAAGUACUUUAUAUGAUUUAAGUUCGGAAAUGGAUAUAACUGAAUGCGAACAACAAAUAAUAAAUAACGAAAAAGAUCUCGAAACUUAUACACAUUGGACCACUGAGCAUAUACUGAAAUCGGAAUAUAAUAAAGAGAAACGUACAGUUGUUAUACAAACUAAUAGAUUGGGAAACUUUGGUUUUGCAUUUAAACGCUAUGAACAUUUUCCCUUCAAAUUUUGGAAAUUAGAACCCAAUCCAAAUGAUCCAGAAAAUGAAAUAAUUUUUUCUUUGGACACACAAUAUGUUCGAUGUAUUUUGAAUAUUAGCGAUAAAGGAAUUAAGGGUCAUGUUACCGAACCCACAAUAAAAUAUAUAAGAAAUCCUAAAACAUAUUUAGACAUAGAAGAACCUAUAGCGGAUUUCAAACAGUUGAAGAAAAUGUUUCAAGAAAAACAUCUCAAUAUAUUUGCCAACAAAGAUGCCAGUUUUUAUAUAGAAAAUGGUUACUUUUCCGAAAAACAUGUAUCAGCAGAAUUACACUGUUACAAUUGUAUGGUUGUUAAUAGCAGUCAAAUAAAAUUUUCUCAUUCCACUUGGAAUCGUUUGGCUCGAAGGCGUGAUAUUAUAUUAAAAUUUUUACAAUAUCAAGAUACUGAUGACAAUACCGUAGAAGUACGCAUUACCCCGGAAGAGGCAUAUUUUGUGCAAGUUUCUGAAUUAUGUUCCGAUAAUGCAGAUGUUAUAGAAUUGAAUUAUAAUUUAACGUGGCGGAAUAUUAAUCAGGAUAAUAGUGAUUUACAUCAUUUGAUAAAUUCCAUGUAUCCAGCUGCCAAUGAACUGAGAUGUAAAAAUGUCAAAUUAAUAAAUUUUCUUAGAAACUUACUUAACAAUAUAAGACCUUUAAGUUUUUCCUAAAUAAUAAAAUUUUGACCAUGUAACUGUGUUUAUCUACAUUCUUUUUCCCUAUGACUAAGUAAAAUUUUCCAUUAAAUCUAUAUAAUACUAGUUUGUCG